GUAUCAUAGCUCUUAAUUCUUCAACAUCGGCGGCGAUGAAGAACAAGGGUUUUAAACUGUAUGUGACGAACUACAUAAACAACUACGAAGAUUGUUCUGAGGGAUUCGAAGCCUGUGACGCUCGAAAGCUGUACAUGUACGUGUGUGGCUGGCACUGCCCUGUGCAACCAUGUGGCAGCUCUUCUGUACCAAACCGCACAUUAUUCGCAGCUGGAGCUCAAGGCCGUUCCACCGGUGCACAGCUGCACAGAGACAGAGCAGAGGUGGCACAAACCAAGAACCAUGGGUGUUAAACCUGGUCUGGUGAACAAGAUGGUGAUCCUCUCAGCCCGACCAAAAGAAAGAAGGCUGGUAGAAGGAAUCAGAAGCAACCUGUAUAGGGGAGUGACUUCCCCCUUGCCUGUACCAGCCACUCUUAAUGUCGGAGCAGUGUACCAGGACAUUCCAGCUGAUCUGGCUCCAAUGAUUACAACCAUGUCAAUAUCAAAUGAUGUACCUCUGGUUGACUCUAUGUUUGGGAGAGUUCAGGAGGGAAGUGUGCUGUCUUAUCAGAUGCCUGCAAAGGUAGUGCCCCGCACAUUUCCACAUAAAGAUGCUCCUUCACCCCCACAGCUGCCAUUCAGUGAUUAUAGACUUGGGCCAUCAAACUGUGCUUUUGUCUACACUGAACAGCAACAUUACCACAUGGCAUCCCUAGAAACAUCACUAGAGAUGGCACACCAAAUAGAAAUCUCUACUAAAGAGCAGAGUAGCUGUACAGAGUGGCACCAACUAAGACACACCCGCAUCACCUCGACCAGAUUUAGAGAGGUCUGUCACACAAAAGCACUAACAUCUGCUGAAAAUCUGGCCAAACGGCUUCUCAGGCCUUGCCACCAGACAGCCGACAUGAGGAGGGGACUAGAAAUGGAAUCCACAGCGAUAGAGGAAUACUGCAGAGUAAGAGAAGUAAACCACUAUCAGUGUGGGUUCCUUAUCCAUUCUGAUGCCCCAUGGAUGGGCUCGUCCCCUGAUGGGAUGGUCUAUGACCCCAAGAGCCAGCCUGUCUUUGGACUUGUUGAAGUUAAGUGCCCAAACGUAGCAAGUUAUGUGGACUGUCCAUACAUUGCAGUCCGUGACGGAACACCAACUUUGAAAAAAACCCAUCCUUACUUCUGGCAGAUACAGGGCCAGAUGCUGAUUUCUGGAUGUGAGUGGUGUGAUUUUGUUGUGUACUCACAGGAGGACAUGCUUGUAGAAAGGAUUCCCCGUGACAGUGAAAUCACUGACAUCAUCAAAGAGAGGGUUGAUUACUUUUUUUUCUGUUUACCUCAGCACUUUCUUGUGUUGUGUAGUGUAGUGCAUGUUAUAUGUAGUGCAUGUUAUAUGUAGUGCAUGUUAUGCAUUUUUUUAAUUUAAUGGUAAUAUUUAAACACAUGAACAUGAGUUAAAUAACAAAUGGCUGACUAUUAAAAAG